GGGACUAGUGCGUGGUGGGAAGGGGCGGGAUCCUGCCGCCGCGGCUGCCGCUGGAGCCGGUGUCCGGGCUGGUGAUGGGGUUAAUUCCCUUCCGUGAGACUCUUCCUUGCAACCAGCCGGCCCCGCCGUCGCCCCGCCGCGCCGCGCUCACGCCGCCGCCUCCUGCUCCUUCUCCUCAGUAACGCGGGCUACCGAAAGGUAUGAUAUAUUUGAUCCAAGACAGUCCAUUUCAGCCCCGGAAUCUACAGUGGUGACAAGGACAUGGGACUCCUCCUGCCAGAUUACUGUUGGUUCAAUACAAUUGACAUCCUGGCUGACAACUGUGAAAAGGAACCUUGGGUUAUUUUAUUUUAUUUUUGUGGAACACCACAAUCCCAGAUCCAUAGGACACAUCAGGCUUCAAGUUCCCUGUAGAAUUCUAAAAUAACCUUUGCUAAUGAGGAUGUCUGAUAUUGUUAUUAUAAAAGAUGAAACUGAAACAAUGAAGGAUUUGGAGGCAGAAGUGAAAGAUACAACCAGAGUUGAAAAUCUUAUUAAAUCAGAAAACUAUGGGAAGAUUUUGCCAGAGAAGAAUGAACAUUGUAUUGACAACAAUAUUGAUUUGCAGCGGCCCCUGCAGUCAUUUGGACAGACAGGAAAAAGGUCUAAGUCAAGCUCAAAGUUAAAGCUAGUUCGGAGCCUUGCAGUGUGUGAAGAAUCUCCACCACCCCCUGCAGCAGAGAUAUCACAGGAGACCCAGGAAAAAAUUCAAAUCCAGUUAACACAAUCAUUUGAAAAAGAGGAAAAGCCCUCAAAAGAUGAAACAGAUAAAGAAAAAGCCAGUGAUAAGUUGCCCAGAAAAAUGUUAUCAAGAGAUUCCAGUCAAGAAUACACUGAUUCAACUGGCAUAGAUCUACAUGAAUUUUUAGUAAAUACAUUAAAAAACAAUCCCAGGGACAGAAUGAUGCUGCUGAAAUUGGAACAAGAAAUUUUAGAUUUCAUUGGUAAUAAUGAGUCCCCACGUAAAAAGUUUCCUCCAAUGACAUCUUACCACAGGAUGCUAUUACACAGAGUGGCUGCCUACUUUGGAUUAGACCAUAAUGUUGACCAGAGUGGAAAGUCUGUCAUCGUGAACAAAACUAGCAACACAAGAAUACCUGAUCAGAAAUUUAAUGAGCACAUUAAGGAUGAUAGGGGAGAAGACUUCCAGAAACGAUACAUUCUUAAGAGAGAUAACUCUAGCUUUGAUAAAGAUGAUAGCCAGAUGAGAAUACGUUUAAAGGACGACAGGAGAAGCAAAUCCAUAGAAGAAAGAGAAGAAGAGUACCAGAGAGCUAGAGAUCGGAUAUUUUCCCAAGAUUCUCUUUGUUCCCAAGAAAACUAUAUUAUUGAUAAAAGAAUCCAAGAUGAGGACACUAGUGGUACCCAACAGAGGCGCCAGAUAUUUAGAGUCAAUAAAGAUGCUUCAGGGAGAUCAACAAACAGCCAUCAGAGCAGCACUGAAACCGAGUUGAAGUGCUCAGAGCCUCGGCCCUGGAGCAGCACAGAUUCAGACAGCUCCUUCCGGAACCUGAGACCUGCUGUGACCAAAGCCAGCAGCUUUAGUGGGAUCUCGGUCCUGACGAGAGGUGACAGCUCUGGAAGCAGCAAAAGCAUAGGCAGGCUUUCAAAAACAGGAUCUGAGUCUUCAGGUAGCGUAGGGUCCUCUACAGGCUCUCUUUCUCAUACCCAGCAGCCUCUCCCAGGUUCAGCUCUUAGCCAAGCUUCUCAUGGCGCACCUGUCAUCUACCCGGCAGCCAGCACUCACAGCUCUCUUUCCUUUGAUGGUGGCCUCAGUGGGCAAGGUGCAUCUCCUAGCCCUAGCUUCCUUUUGCUUCCCUUGGAAGCAACUGGCAUACCACCUGGCAGUAUUCUGAUCAACCCACAGACAGGUCAGCCCUUCCUGAACCCAGAUGGAACCCCAGUUGUGUACAAUCCUCCCAUGACUCAACAGCCAGUUCGAACCCAAGUGCCUGGUCCUCCACAGCCACCUCUGCCACCCCCACCACCUCAGCAGCCAGCAGCCGGUCACAUUUUCUCACAGGAUAACCUUGGUUCUCAGUUCAGCCACAUGAGUCUUGCCCGCCAGCCAUCAGCUGAUAGUUCCGACCCUCAUGCCACCAUGUUCCAGUCCACUGUCGUUCUUCAGUCUCCACAGCAGUCUGGUUACAUUGUGACGACAGCACCCCCACAUCCGCCUCCACCACCUCCUCCUCCCCCUCCUCCUUCCCUGCCACCUGGGCAGUCAGUCCCCACUGCCAGUUUCUCUGCCUCUGGGCAUCCUGUCAGCCAGCCUGGGCUCCAGCAGCAGGGGUAUCUUCCUCAGCCCUCACCACAGAUGCCAGCCUGUUACUGUGCUCCAGGCCACUAUCACUCCAGCCAGCCUCAGUACCGCCCUGUCCCUUCUGUCCAUUAUAGUUCACAUCUAAACCAACCACUGCCACAGCCUGCACAGCAGACAGGUUAUCAAGUUGUGCCCAACCAGCAGCAAAACUACCAAGGAAUAGUUGGAGUUCAGUCACCCCAGAGUCAGAGCCUCGUGGGAGGCCAGCCAAACAACACUGGAACCCAUAUCCAAGGAGUGGUCAUCCCCUACCCUUCAGUGCCAUCAUAUCAGGUUUCACUGCCUCAAGGUUCUCAAGGAAUUGCCCAUCAGACUUACCAACAGCCUGUUGUGUUCCCUAACCAAUCUAAUCAAGGAUCUCUGCCUACAACAGGGAUGCCAGUGUACUACAGUGUCCUUCCACCUGGCCAACAAAGUAAUUUAAGCUCUGCAGUCAGUUACUUACAGCAUCCAGGGUCAGAACAAGUACAGUUUCCUCGAACCACAUCACCAUGCAGUUCUCAACAGCUCCAAGGCCACCAAUGUGCAGCUCUGCCACAGCAGCCACCUGGCGGAGGGAUGCUGAUGAUGCAGCUCAACCUACCGAACAAUGCACAGUCUCGGGCACACUCACCCCCACAGUGGAAACAAAACAAGUAUUACUGUGACCAUCAGCGAGGGCAGAAGUGUGUGGAAUUUAGUAACAUAGAUAAUAUUGUCCAGCACAGUCCUCAACUUAGCAGCCCCAUCAUUUCACCUGUGCAGUCACCGGCUCCAGCUCAGCUGUCCACCCUGAAGAGCGUCCGACCCUCGGGACCACCACUUUCCAUCAUGUCCCAGUUUGCUCGACCUUUUGUCCCUGGGCAGGGAGAUGCCAGGUAUCCACUGCUUGGCCAGCCCCUGCAGUACAACCCUCCUACUCUUCUUCAUGGACACAUUCCACACCAACAGGGUCAGUCUGGCAGCAGGCAUGGAAACCGAGGACGCAGACAAGCCAAGAAAGCUGCCUCCACUGACCUUGGAGCCGGCGAAGCAGUUGUUGGCAAAGUCUUGGAAAUCACAGAGCUACCAGAUGGGAUAACUCGAGUGGAAGCUGAGAAGCUUUUUGGGGAACUCUUUAAAAUUGGCGCCAAGAUCCGAUGGCUGCGGGACCCCCAGUCCCAGCCCCAGCUACAUCGUCCUGCUCUCUGCUGUGGUAGUGGGGAUAGCACUGUCCACCCCGAGCGCUCUAAACCCAGUGACCUGGCCUCUACCUACACUGUCUUAGCCACGUUCCCCUCCAUCUCAGCUGCACAGAGUGCGCUGAGGAAGCAGAUCCACUCAGUGAACAAGUUCAAGCUGAGAAUGAGCAAGAAGCACUACGACUCCCACGUCUUGGAAAGGGCGAGUUCUCAGUAAAGCAGCCGCCUCUGGACCCUCUAUCAUCCCCCGCCCCGCCCGCCUGCCCGCCCUCUCCCCGCUGAUUGGCUUGAUUCGUGGAGAGGAUGUUAAUAUAGAGGCUCCUGGGAUGUGUGGCCACAUGGUACAGCUUUUGGAAGAAAGGGAGGGGGAGAUGCCCAUUUCACCCCAGUGACUAUAGGAACCCACACAGGAAUGAUACAGAGUAAGCAGCUUUUUCUAAGGAAAUGCUGUUCAGAUGCCUCCUAACUUUUAUAGUUAUUUUGUUUUAUAUUUCUGAAUUCUUGUAUCAGAUCCAAAGCUCUAUUGUACAGCAAAUUAUUCUUCAAAGUGAUUAUAACCAGUUGCAGCCUGUAUUUCUUUUUGCGGCCAGCACAGUGUGAACCAGCUCAGACUUUGGGAAAAAAAAAAAAAAAAAAAGAAUGCAGGAAUGGAAUAACCAAGUCAAAACCAUGUCAAAACUAUCCUCUGGGGGUGCUGAGGGUGCUGAGGAGACCCACAAAUAGACAAUUACUCCUCCACUGAAUUGCUAAACACAGAAAAGUUUUCCAGGAAAUCCAGAACUCCCCAACAGGGUCCUUCCUUCAUUUAGGUAGUAUGGCCAUUAAGUGUAAGGUAAUUAUGUUCUCAAUGCCUCUUAGUAAAACCACUUAGGUUAAAAAGAAAUAGGAAUCAUCCUAGGCAGGAAAAUUAUUCCACUUUUUUUUAAGUGUCCUUCCAAUAACUAAAUGCCACUCCUGUGCAUUCUCCUGUGUGGAUAUUUUGUCACCUGAGGAAAUGCACGUGACGAGUGCUGAAAACUUCUUAAGUGGUUUGAAUUUUGUUUUCAUUGUUUGCAGCGGAUUACUGGACAUCAAAGAUUCAUUGCACUUAUGAACAAGGAACCUUAUUUUCAGUUUCUGUGUAAUUUUGCAAGGCUGUACAAUGUGCUGAUGCAAGCCUUUUUCAGUUCAAGAGAAUAAAUGUUUACAAAUGUA